AUGGACAACCGCAACCAACAUAGGAGGCAGAAUGACCCGCCUACCCAUCACGCUCCUGCACAGAGAUAUUCGGUUCAGGGCUCUGUAGGCGGUUCCUCUGAGCGCUAUCGGACAGCGCCCCUUGCAUCUCCUUCAACUCCAAGAGGCUUGGGGGGUGCGCCGACAUACAGUACAUAUUACCAAGAACCCGCCGCCGCAUUCUCAACUCCGACAAACAUGCCAACGACGGCCAUGGCGUACGGGUCGGAAUACGGCGCCGAUUCGAGACCACAAACUCAGGGUUUCGGGGGCUACAACACGGGUAUGAUGAUGUACAACGUGCCUCAGCCGAACACGCAAACUCCAGUCUACGACGCCCAACAAUUCGGACAACGGCAGCAGGCAGCAAUGCAGAUGAUGGCACCGGAUGUCACAUCAACAUACUUUAAUCCCGAAGCAGGCAGUGCGGCAGCAGCAAGCAUGCAGCACCCGAGCCAGGGGAGCAGCGCAUCAGCUGGGGUAUAUCAGCAGAGCCAACCCAUGAAUUAUGCAGGUGGCAUGCCUGCUACAGGCGCCAUGCAGCAGACCUCGGGAGCAGCGGAAUCCGCCAUGGGAGAAGGGCAAGAAGACUACGCUACGUCCGGGCUUCAAGAGAAGUGGCAAAACUACCAACGACAACUGGGAUCUGUAUUUCAGGACAUCUCAUCCGUUUCAUUGGAAAGAGCUGCCGAAACUCUCCUCAAUAUCUCUGGGUGGUUGCUCACGCAGGUGGCAGAAUUAGGGCUCAGCCAAGAUGACGCCAGCCUUCACGCCGAGAGAAUAAAACUGUGGAACGACUUUAACCAUGCGUGGUUAGCCCUUUGUUUUCGACAGAAAGAAAUCAUGUCAUCAGGUCAGCAGUUGUCAAGAUCACAGCAGGUCAUGUCCCAGGAAACCAUAAAGAAACUGGGCGACGAGCUUGUUCGACUUUGCGAUGGCAUUGAGAGCCACGGUCUAGUUGAUUACCAGUACGGCGUGUGGGAGGAUCGAAUCGAGAUGGUUCUUGAAGAAUGUCUCGAUCUCUACGACUCUCUCGAAGCGGCCGCCGGUACAAGCGGAGGAUCUCGCUGA